AUGAGUCGCUACGCCGCUGCCCAUGCUAAUCCUCAAGGCCCUGGAGAUGCACGGCCAACGGCUCUCCAGAUCGUCCAGGAUGAGAAACUUGAAAACAAACUCAUCGGAAAAGUAAUAGUCAUUACUGGUGUCACAAGUGGUAUCGGCCUUGAGACAGCACUAGCCUUGGCCGCCACAGGAGCAACGUUGUUCUUGACUGUCCGCGAUCUGGAAAAGGCCAAGAUGACGCUGCAUGAUCUUAUACAGUCGAAUCGUGUGUUUUUGGUCAAAAUGGACAAUUCCUCUCUUACCAGUAUCAAAGUAGCGGCAGCUGAGAUUCUUUCUCAAUCUAAGCAUCACGUCAAUAUUUUGAUAAACAACGCUGGAAUCCUGGGGGGUCCCAACCUUCAGCUGACGGACGACGGAUUCGAGGCUCAGUUUGCUACCAAUUAUCUCGGUCAUUUUCUACUUUUCGAACUUCUUAAACCCGCAUUGAUAGCCAGCACAACUCCUGAGUUUUCAUCCCGGGUCGUGAAUGUCUCCUCUUCUGCUGCACGUUCGGUGGGCCUCACUACCAGCGAUAACUACAACUUCGAGAAGACAGAGUAUGACCCCAGUAUCGCAUAUGCUCAGUCCAAGCUCGCUAUGAUAUACAUGGCCAACGAAAUUGAGCGCCGCUACGGCCAGAAUGGACUGCAUGCGACCAGCGUCCAUCCCGGUGGUAUCGCGACAAAUAUUUCUCGGAAUGUGAGCCCGGAAAUCGUUGCGAUGAUCAUGGAGAAACUCAAACAUGUUCUGAAAAGCACUGAGCAGGGAGCUGCGACAACUGUAAUUGCAGCUAUUGGCACAGAAUGGGAGAGCAAAGGGGGGAGAUAUUUAGAGGACUGUGCAGAAUCCCAGAGAGGGCCUGAUGAUUACGACGUCUUCGGGGUGGGAUGGACUCGACAGAUGUACGACGCUGAGAAUGAGGCGCGGUUGUGGAAAGAUUCGCUAGAGAUGCUGGGUCUGCACGAUGAGAUGUAG